AUGAAUCAGGCUAAGUUCUGUGUGCAGGCCAGUCGCCGCGUUUUGUACCCUCCAUCCAGACCCGAAGGGGCGUUGCAACGCAAUCCCGGCUUCGGUUCCAGCCCAACUACCAAUAUUAGCAGUCCCCAUGGUGCUUUGAAGUCUGUUGCAGCUGGUGCCACAACUAGUGUCUACGAGAGCAAUUGGAGCCACAAGAACGUUGCAUCCUCAGCUCCACUUCACUCGGUCGGCUGCUUUGUGUUGGCUGCUCGUCCUCGGCCACAGGCUCGCCAAUUGGUCAGUGCCAGCCUCGUCCCAGGCCGCCUUCGCGCUCAUUGGCUGCGACCAGGCAGUGGCCGCCUUCGAGUCAGCCUUCGUCUGAUCCACGAUGGCUCUGGCCCCGUGCGCGUGCUUCGUGUCGAGGACGAGGCCAUUGCAGAGGUGGCAAAUGCAAUCAAGCAUCAUCGUCAACUUGAUGGUAGCACAGCGUCCAAAAGAGAACAGCUGCAGAGAGGCAGAGAUAAUCUGUCCCAAGCAAGAUUCCCAAACUCUCCUGGCAGGAUCGGUGUAAGUUAA